CGCCUCUUUAAAUUCACUUAAAGCUCUCAGAGUCAAUCGCCCGGAAGCGGGGUGCGGAUGGCAGUGGGGUUCGGCGGUUGCCGGGUUCUCUGUCCUCCGCUCUUGCCAUGGAUCCUCAGAACUUAGCGUCGCAGUCUCAGAACGGUUUCCAGGGGAACACAGAGGCAGAAGAUGAGCCGCUGUUGAGGAAUAACCCUCGGCGCUUUGUCAUCUUCCCUAUUCAGUACCCUGACAUCUGGAAAAUGUACAAGCAAGCUCAGGCCUCCUUUUGGACCGUUGAAGAGGUGGACCUUUCCAAGGACCUGGUUCACUGGGACCGACUGAAGGCUGACGAGAAACACUUCAUAUCCCAUGUCUUGGCUUUCUUUGCAGCCAGCGACGGCAUCGUCAACGAAAACCUGGUACAACGGUUCAGUCAGGAGGUGCAGAUACCAGAGGCCCGGUCAUUCUACGGAUUCCAGAUCCUCAUUGAGAACGUGCAUUCAGAGAUGUACAGCAUGUUGAUAAACACCUACAUCAGAGACCUGAAGGAGAGAGAUUUCCUGUUUAAUGCCAUCCACACCAUGCCCUGUGUGAAACGGAAGGCUGACUGGGCGCUGCAGUGGGUGUCCGAUGCCAAAUCCACUUUCGGCGAGCGCAUCGUAGCUUUUGCCGCUGUUGAGGGCAUCUUCUUCUCUGGCUCCUUUGCGGCCAUCUACUGGCUGAAGAAGAGAGGCCUUAUGCCGGGACUCACGUACUCCAACGAGCUCAUCAGCCGGGACGAGGGCCUGCACUGCAACUUUGCGUGCCUGCUGUACAGCUACCUGCAGAAGAAACCGUCAGAAGAUCGAGUAAGAGAUAUCAUCUGCGAAGCCGUCAAGAUAGAGCAGGAGUUCCUGACAGAGGCCCUGCCAGUGAACUUGAUCGGGAUGAACUGCUCACUGAUGAAGCAGUACAUCGAGUUCGUUGCUGACCGCCUGCUCACAGACCUCAAAUUAUCCAAAGUGUUCCAUGCGGAAAACCCCUUCGACUUCAUGGAGUCCAUCUCGCUGGAAGGGAAAACCAACUUCUUUGAAAAGCGGGUUGCAGAGUACCAGAGACUGGGCGUCAUGUCAAACACCAUGGACUGUGAAUUCACGCUGGAUGCGGACUUUUAACGUUUCCCCACCUCACCCCCCUCGCCCAAUACUUUUAAUUUAUUAUGCUUAGGAUGGUUUUAUGAAGUUAUUCUGAUAUUAUUGCAACUCUAAAGCAAACCAUAGACAUUGAAAAGCCCGUCAGUGUGUUUUAUAUUAGAAGAGAGCUAACUCUGGGGCUAGGGUGCCAUGGAGACAGGCGUGCGGGGCAGGGGGGUGGCAGACAGCCGGGCCUCGGGCUGAGCAGAAGCCUCUUGAUGUCUCCUGUGGUAAUAAGCAACUGCAGCGUUUCCCUGGAGAUUUGCAUCACGGUACAUUCUCAAGAGUAUCGACUUUGAAAGCAAA